AUGGGGAAAAAAUUGGAUGCUUUUCUUAGAAGAGGCUUUAGGACCUCAAAAUUCAAAUCCACGGUGGCUAUGGCCCUUUCACGGCUGGCCGUCCUCCGAAACCACCGCCACGCCCGCUGCUCGAUUGCCCGAUCCGACGUCAUCGAGCUUCUCAAGAACAACAACACCCAUGAAAGAGCCCUUCUUAGGGUUGACCAGGUGAUCAAGGAGCAGAACAUGUUGGAUGUGUUUGAUUUGGUGGAGGAUUAUUGCCAUCUCUUAAUUGAGAGGGUCCACAUUUUUGAACAAGAAAAAGUGUGCCCUGAAGAGUUGAAAGAAGCUGUGUCAACUCUAAUCUAUGUGGCCACAAGAUGUGGUGAUUUUCCGGAGCUUCAACAGAUUCGCUCGAUUUUCGCCUCACGUUUCGGGAGGGAGUUUGUGGAUCGAGCCGCCGAGUUACGCAAUAACUGUGGGGUGAAUCCGAAGAUCAUACAAAAGUUGUCGACUAGGAUGCCGAGCUCGGAGAGCAAAAUGAAGAUGCUCAAAGAGAUUGCUUCAGAAAACAACAUUGAACUACAGAUCAUCGAGGAGGCUUCAGUUGAAAUCAAGAUGGAACAUAAGGAGAUACACGAGCCGAGCCAUCCUGGCCCACAGGAAGACAAUACCGAAGAGCCAUCAAAACCUGAAGAUGACUUAGAAUUACUUUCUCGGAGGAGGAAAUACCGGGACGUGGCCGACGCAGCACAAGCCGCCUUCGAGUCGGCUGCGUACGCGGCAGCCGCUGCCCGAGCUGCGGUUGAGCUAUCGCGUUCGGGUUCGUCGGAUCCCGGCGGGCCCCACACACCCACGACAUCGGCUCGGAGGAAGUUCUAUUCAUCGGACGACGAGGAGGAGAUGAUUGAUGAGAAAAAGGAAUCCGAUGAAGUCCGUAAGGAGAUUGUCGUUGCAAGUGAAGCUAAAGGAUUGAAUUAUGAUUCGGGCUCCGAUUCAUUUGAUGGAAAUGUGAAGAAGGGAGAUGGAGAGGUUAUUAAGCACCGGGAUAAUGUCGUUUUUGACGAAGGAAGUGAUGAUGGAGUUGGCGAACGAGGGAAUAAUGCAAAGUCUUCCAUUGAGACGAGAGAAAACACGGAGCUUUCGAGCAUCGAUAGGGUGCCGUUUUCGGUGAGGACAAAGAGGACACAUUGA